AUGGACCGAGUCAUUAGGAGACAGACUAGACAGCUACACGGAAAUACUUUUUCUAAUUCAGAUGGAACUUCUGGAAUCAGUUUAUCAGCACCAUUCGGUACAAGCCAGAAGAAUACGUUCAGUGCUAUAGGAGGAGCCAACUUUGAUGCUGCCAGGCGUCUGCAAUCUGCAUCGUAUGGCUUAGCCAUGAAUAAUGCCAAUGGCCAUGGCCUCUCCCUAACCAAUACACAUAUCCCAGACUUCGGCAAUCAGUUCAAAGCUGCUGGUUAUGCGAACCUGUUCCGCAAUCAGAACCAUGAUGUUUCUGUCAACGCUUACUUCGCUAAGAACAGGCCUCAAAUGCCUCAAGUUCCUAGCUUCAACACCGUUGGAGCUGGAGUCGACUAUAUGUUUAAGAACAAGGUGGGGGGAUCUGUUGGGGUCGCUCACACGCCAUAUUUCGACAAAACAGACUACUCGUUCAAUGGUAACGUCAACUUAUUAAGAAACAGAGGCUCAUCGCUGGAUUUCAACGCUGGUUUCAGCAAAUCUGUAUCACCUUUUCUGCCCAAUUCAAGAUGGGAGCCAUCCACUGGAUUUACUUUUAGAAAGUUCUUCUGAAACAUCCAACCUUUAAGUGCCCAUUGCUGAGCAAAUGCCUCUUAUCAC